CUCUGGUUGGUUUGAUCUGUGCCACAGCUCUGGUUGGUUUGAUCUGUGCCACAGCUCUGGUUGGUUUGAUCUGUGCCACAGCUCUGGUUGGUUUGAUCUGUGCCACAGCUCUGGUUGGUUUGAUCUGUGCCACAGCUCUGGUUGGUUUGAUCUGUGCCACAGCUCUGGUUGGUUUGAUCUGUGCCACAGCUCUGGUUGGUUUGAUCUGUGCCACAGCUCUGGUUGGUUUGAUCUGUGCCACAGCUCUGGUUGGUUUGAUCUGUGCCACAGCUCUGGUUGGUUUGAUCUGUGCCACAGCUCUGGUUGGUUUGAUCUGUGCCACAGCUCUGGUUGGUUUGAUCUGUGCCACAGCUCUGGUUGGUUUGAUCUGUGCCACAGCUCUGGUUGGUUUGAUCUGUGCCACAGCUCUGGUUGGUUUGAUCUGUGCCACAGCUCUGGUUGGUUUGAUCUGUGCCACAGCUCUGGUUGGUUUGAUCUGUGCCACAGCUCUGGUUGGUUUGAUCUGUGCCACAGCUCUGGUUGGUUUGAUCUGUGCCACAGCUCUGGUUGGUUUGAUCUGUGCCACAGCUCUGGUUGGUUUGAUCUGUGCCACAGCUCUGGUUGGUUUGAUCUGUGCCACAGCUCUGGUUGGUUUGAUCUGUGCCACAGCUCUGGUUGGUUUGAUCUGUGCCACAGCUCUGGUUGGUUUGAUCUGUGCCACAGCUCUGGUUGGUUUGAUCUGUGCCACAGCUCUGGUUGGUUUGAUCUGUGCCACAGCUCUGGUUGGUUUGAUCUGUGCCACAGCUCUGGUUGGUUUGAUCUGUGCCACAGCUCUGGUUGGUUUGAUCUGUGCCACAGCUCUGGUUGGUUUGAUCUGUGCCACAGCUCUGGUUGGUUUGAUCUGUGCCACAGCUCUGGUUGGUUUGAUCUGUGCCACAGCUCUGGUUGGUUUGAUCUGUGCCACAGCUCUGGUUGGUUUGAUCUGUGCCACAGCUCUGGUUGGUUUGAUCUGUGCCACAGCUCUGGUUGGUUUGAUCUGUGCCACAGCUCUGGUUGGUUUGAUCUGUGCCACAGCUCUGGUUGGUUUGAUCUGUGCCACAGCUCUGGUUGGUUUGAUCUGUGCCACAGCUCUGGUUGGUUUGAUCUGUGCCACAGCUCUGGUUGGUUUGAUCUGUGCCACAGCUCUGGUUGGUUUGAUCUGUGCCACAGCUCUGGUUGGUUUGAUCUGUGCCACAGCUCUGGUUGGUUUGAUCUGUGCCACAGCUCUGGUUGGUUUGAUCUGUGCCACAGCUCUGGUUGGUUUGAUCUGUGCCACAGCUCUGGUUGGUUUGAUCUGUGCCACAGCUCUGGUUGGUUUGAUCUGUGCCACAGCUCUGGUUGGUUUGAUCUGUGCCACAGCUCUGGUUGGUUUGAUCUGUGCCACAGCUCUGGUUGGUUUGAUCUGUGCCACAGCUCUGGUUGGUUUGAUCUGUGCCACAGCUCUGGUUGGUUUGAUCUGUGCCACAGCUCUGGUUGGUUUGAUCUGUGCCACAGCUCUGGUUGGUUUGAUCUGUGCCACAGCUCUGGUUGGUUUGAUCUGUGCCACAGCUCUGGUUGGUUUGAUCUGUGCCACAGCUCUGGUUGGUUUGAUCUGUGCCACAGCUCUGGUUGGUUUGAUCUGUGCCACAGCUCUGGUUGGUUUGAUCUGUGCCACAGCUCUGGUUGGUUUGAUCUGUGCCACAGCUCUGGUUGGUUUGAUCUGUGCCACAGCUCUGGUUGGUUUGAUCUGUGCCACAGCUCUGGUUGGUUUGAUCUGUGCCACAGCUCUGGUUGGUUUGAUCUGUGCCACAGCUCUGGUUGGUUUGAUCUGUGCCACAGCUCUGGUUGGUUUGAUCUGUGCCACAGCUCUGGUUGGUUUGAUCUGUGCCACAGCUCUGGUUGGUUUGAUCUGUGCCACAGCUCUGGUUGGUUUGAUCUGUGCCACAGCUCUGGUUGGUUUGAUCUGUGCCACAGCUCUGGUUGGUUUGAUCUGUGCCACAGCUCUGGUUGGUUUGAUCUGUGCCACAGCUCUGGUUGGUUUGAUCUGUGCCACAGCUCUGGUUGGUUUGAUCUGUGCCACAGCUCUGGUUGGUUUGAUCUGUGCCACAGCUCUGGUUGGUUUGAUCUGUGCCACAGCUCUGGUUGGUUUGAUCUGUGCCACAGCUCUGGUUGGUUUGAUCUGUGCCACAGCUCUGGUUGGUUUGAUCUGUGCCACAGCUCUGGUUGGUUUGAUCUGUGCCACAGCUCUGGUUGGUUUGAUCUGUGCCACAGCUCUGGUUGGUUUGAUCUGUGCCACAGCUCUGGUUGGUUUGAUCUGUGCCACAGCUCUGGUUGGUUUGAUCUGUGCCACAGCUCUGGUUGGUUUGAUCUGUGCCACAGCUCUGGUUGGUUUGAUCUGUGCCACAGCUCUGGUUGGUUUGAUCUGUGCCACAGCUCUGGUUGGUUUGAUCUGUGCCACAGCUCUGGUUGGUUUGAUCUGUGCCACAGCUCUGGUUGGUUUGAUCUGUGCCACAGCUCUGGUUGGUUUGAUCUGUGCCACAGCUCUGGUUGGUUUGAUCUGUGCCACAGCUCUGGUUGGUUUGAUCUGUGCCACAGCUCUGGUUGGUUUGAUCUGUGCCACAGCUCUGGUUGGUUUGAUCUGUGCCACAGCUCUGGUUGGUUUGAUCUGUGCCACAGCUCUGGUUGGUUUGAUCUGUGCCACAGCUCUGGUUGGUUUGAUCUGUGCCACAGCUCUGGUUGGUUUGAUCUGUGCCACAGCUCUGGUUGGUUUGAUCUGUGCCACAGCUCUGGUUGGUUUGAUCUGUGCCACAGCUCUGGUUGGUUUGAUCUGUGCCACAGCUCUGGUUGGUUUGAUCUGUGCCACAGCUCUGGUUGGUUUGAUCUGUGCCACAGCUCUGGUUGGUUUGAUCUGUGCCACAGCUCUGGUUGGUUUGAUCUGUGCCACAGCUCUGGUUGGUUUGAUCUGUGCCACAGCUCUGGUUGGUUUGAUCUGUGCCACAGCUCUGGUUGGUUUGAUCUGUGCCACAGCUCUGGUUGGUUUGAUCUGUGCCACAGCUCUGGUUGGUUUGAUCUGUGCCACAGCUCUGGUUGGUUUGAUCUGUGCCACAGCUCUGGUUGGUUUGAUCUGUGCCACAGCUCUGGUUGGUUUGAUCUGUGCCACAGCUCUGGUUGGUUUGAUCUGUGCCACAGCUCUGGUUGGUUUGAUCUGUGCCACAGCUCUGGUUGGUUUGAUCUGUGCCACAGCUCUGGUUGGUUUGAUCUGUGCCACAGCUCUGGUUGGUUUGAUCUGUGCCACAGCUCUGGUUGGUUUGAUCUGUGCCACAGCUCUGGUUGGUUUGAUCUGUGCCACAGCUCUGGUUGGUUUGAUCUGUGCCACAGCUCUGGUUGGUUUGAUCUGUGCCACAGCUCUGGUUGGUUUGAUCUGUGCCACAGCUCUGGUUGGUUUGAUCUGUGCCACAGCUCUGGUUGGUUUGAUCUGUGCCACAGCUCUGGUUGGUUUGAUCUGUGCCACAGCUCUGGUUGGUUUGAUCUGUGCCACAGCUCUGGUUGGUUUGAUCUGUGCCACAGCUCUGGUUGGUUUGAUCUGUGCCACAGCUCUGGUUGGUUUGAUCUGUGCCACAGCUCUGGUUGGUUUGAUCUGUGCCACAGCUCUGGUUGGUUUGAUCUGUGCCACAGCUCUGGUUGGUUUGAUCUGUGCCACAGCUCUGGUUGGUUUGAUCUGUGCCACAGCUCUGGUUGGUUUGAUCUGUGCCACAGCUCUGGUUGGUUUGAUCUGUGCCACAGCUCUCUCCUCCCUCGUCUCCUCCUCGUUGCUUCAUCAAUUCACGUGCGGUACCUAGCGGUGCAGUGGCGUACGGAGUAUGCGCUUCUGCAGCCCAACAUGAGAGUGCGGUACCUAGCGGUGCAGUGGCGCACGGAGUAUGCGCUGCUGCAACCCAACAUGAGUGCUCGCCUCAUGCUGCGGUGCACCCGCGGACUCAUCAAAGCUGCCUUGACCGCCAUUCGCACUAAGGCGUUAUCAGAGCGAUUGUUUCUAGCCACGGACAUGCAUCCGGACGGCCGGCCUGUCUCCAUGUCCUUUUAUGGACUCGAGUUCCUGCAACAGCGCAUAGCCAAGCGAGUGAUUCAGCUUCUUUACUCCAAGUUGCAGCCUGUGUCAUGGACAACAGUGGACCCUCAGUUCCCGCGCCUGGAUGCGGGAGUGCAGGGAAUUCUGGACAAGCUGGUUUGUCUAAAGGCAACAUUUUUUCUAUACCCUCCAGACCAGUGUGGAGGCCACAGCAGCAGUUUUACUCGGGACAUUAUUGGCAACAGACGGAAGAAUAGGAGGGCCUUUCCCAGUGAAGCAUGGAGUUUAGUGUAA